AAGAGCCAGCCCCCCCGAUGGAAUCGCCGAUCCUGCCCGGUUUGAGCUUCCAGCCCCAGGAAGCCGGCAGCUCCCUGUCGCCGUCGUUCAGUACGUGGUCGACGGGCACCACCAACGCGGCGGCGGACGACAGCUUUUUCCAGGGGAUCCCGCCCGUGAACGGCACGAUGCUGUUCCAGAAUUUCGCCCACGUCAACCCGGUCUUCGGCGGCACCUUCUCGCCCCAGAUCGGUCUGGCUCAGCAGACGCAGCACCAUCAGCAGCAGCAGCAACAGCAGCAGCAGCAGCAACAACAGCAGCAGCAGCAACAGCAGCAGAGACGGUCUCCCGUCAGUCCACAAGCCCCGUUCGCCCAACGCAGCGCCUACAGCCAUCAGCCGAUCAUGACAAGCAAACCCUCCUCGGCCUGGAACAACCACCAGAACACCACCUGGAGCGCUGCCCCCAACCCCUGGAGCGGCUUACAAGCCCGGGAUCCCCGGCGAGCCGUCGGGGUGCCCUCCCCUCUCAACCCCAUCUCCCCGCUCAAGAAGCCCUUUUCCAGCAAUGUGAUCGCUCCGCCUAAGUUCCCCCGCACUGCCCCCGCACUGCCCAAGUCGUGGAUGGAGGACAACGCCUUCAGGACGGACAACAGCAACGGCAUGUUGCAGUUUCAGGACCGGAAUCGGCCCUAUGAUGCAUUUAACUUGCACUCUUUGGAGAGUUCCUUAAUGGAUAUUAUGAGGAGUGACCAUGAGCCUCUGAAAGGUAAACACUAUCCUCCCAGUGGCCCACCAAUGACUAUCGCUGAUAUAAUGUGGAGGAAUCAUUUUGCAGGACGCUUGGGCCUAAAUUUCCCUCAUCCAGGAACCGAUAACCUUGUGGCACUAAAUAAUACAAGGACAUUUGGGCGGCGAAGAGGCCGUUCAUCGCUCUUUCCUAUUGAAGAUGGUUUCCUUGAUGAUGGUCACGGAGAUCAGUCUCUGACAUCUGGUUUGAACUCUCCAACCCGUUGUCAGAAUGGUGAGAGGGUGGAACGUUAUUCACGAAAGGUCUUUGUAGGAGGUCUUCCUCCGGACAUUGAUGAAGAUGAAAUCACAGCUAGUUUUCGUCGUUUUGGACCUCUUGUGGUGGAUUGGCCUCACAAAGCUGAAAGCAAAUCAUAUUUUCCACCCAAAGGCUAUGCUUUCCUGCUGUUCCAAGAGGAAAGCUCUGUGCAAGCUCUAAUAGAUGCAUGUAUUGAAGAAGAUGGAAAACUAUACCUGUGUGUUUCAAGCCCCACCAUCAAGGAUAAACCGGUGCAAAUUCGACCAUGGAACCUAAGUGAUAGUGAUUUUGUGAUGGAUGGUUCUCAACCUCUGGACCCCAGGAAGACUAUCUUUGUAGGAGGAGUUCCCAGACCUCUCCGAGCUGUUGAAUUGGCUAUGAUCAUGGAUCGGCUGUAUGGAGGUGUUUGCUAUGCUGGCAUUGAUACAGACCCUGAGUUAAAGUAUCCAAAGGGUGCUGGCAGAGUGGCUUUCUCCAAUCAGCAGAGCUACAUUGCUGCUAUCAGUGCUCGCUUUGUACAGCUCCAGCAUGGAGACAUUGAUAAACGGGUGGAAGUUAAGCCAUAUGUCCUGGAUGAUCAGAUGUGUGACGAAUGCCAGGGUGCACGCUGUGGUGGAAAAUUUGCCCCGUUCUUCUGUGCCAAUGUUACCUGUUUGCAGUAUUACUGUGAAUACUGCUGGGCAAGCAUACACUCGCGCGCUGGCAGGGAAUUUCACAAGCCCCUCGUGAAAGAAGGAGGUGAUCGCCCGCGCCACGUCCCCUUCCGCUGGAGCUGAACCGUCUUAUAAUCACCGACACGUACUGGAGCGCAGAGCGCUGCCUCAGGGCUGAGAGGGUUCUGGAAAUUGGUGCAUUCUUCCUCAGAUAAAGAAUGUUUUUGUUUAAAGUCACUGAACUCAUCCAAGAUUGUCUGGUAUAUACAAUUUUAAGAGUAUCUGUAAUGACUCUGCACUUUGGCUCGCAAACAUCUGCUUGGGUACCUUUGUUUGUUCAAUAUUGGACAUUGCAUUGUGAUUUACAAUUAGUAGCUGAUAUCCCGUCAGCCACUGCCAGCUUGGCACUCAUGUGACUGUUUCCUGUGAAAGGAACAUGCACUUAUUUUCAGAAACUUAGACUUGCCCCUAGAAGACUUACCAAAGGUAACACACUGUAGGUGGCAUAUGUAGCAAACAUUCUUCUCAAAUAUUCAGCAAUUCUAAUUUUGGGUCAUUUAGAAUACCAGUUACCCUAAAAUAAGCCUUUUUUUGCUCUCCAUUUUGACUUGCAAGAAUAAUACCUCAUAAGCUCAAUCUGAUUUUGCUGGGGUUUUUUUGGUUAGGUCUUUGUUAGUGUUAUGUAAAUGUAUGCUGCAAUAGCUUUUGCUGCUAUAUAAAUGGUAUUGCAGAUACCACAGUACUUUAUUCAGGCUAGGGUUAUAAAUAAAUGUGGAGCAUAAUGCUGCUGGAAAGAUGCAGUAUAGCAUGGAGAGGCUCCACAGGAAGGUCAGUAGUUUUUGACUGCAUGUUUACUUAUCCAGGUUGCUGCAUGCAAUAAAUUUUGUGUAUCAUGUCUCUUAUAUCUGCUGACAACCUGCCCACCAGUGCACAAAAAUAAUUAUGUAGGCUACAAAAAAAAAUCUCCGUACAAAAGAGAAUUGGCUAAUCCUGAGGAAGGCUUGCCUCAGUAAUGUAAAUGCUUAUGGAGUUUGAAUCUGUGUCUGUUAAAGCAUUACAGAUAUCACAAAUACUUAACUAGAUGUAGGAUAUCUUGAAGUUAUGUUGAUGGUAGGUGAAGUACUCUGCGGUGAUCACUUAUUGUGCAAUUUUUAUAUAGUAAGGUGAUUAUGUAUAGUACUGUGAUAAAGUUAACUGUUGUAAUGUCUGACAUAGAAGUAUGUGAUGCUUCAUAACCAGUGUAUAAACAAGUGAGCUCAGUUAAAUUUCUCUGCUGCUUGCACCAUUUACAUAGCUUCAGACCUUGUCCAGAAAACCAAAGAGCUCAUACACUACCAAUAUAUUUGUCGGACUGACAAGUAGGCACAUUAGGAAAGGAAACUAAUGCAAAAGAACUGUCUGCACAAAGUCAAAAUGGAGAUGUCUGCUUUCUGGUUCAGAAUAAACUCCCCAAUCCCUGGGUAUAUCCUGCAAAGCUUGAAUUCUAAUAAGAUCUGCUAAUUAGUGGACAUUUUUUAGCAUGUAUAGUGGGGCUGCAGAUUUCAACCAAACACAGGCAACAAGUGUACCAACAGUGGGGGUUUGUACACAGUAACCUUCAGCAGCUCUGGGGACAAUCUGACUGGAUAUGACACCGCAUAGUAGAUUUGAUACUAAUUGUUGAGUCAUUUGUGUGUUGUGAUGUCCUGUUUGUGUCCAGUAAGUCUUUAUUUUACUUUUUAGUUUUCUUUUCAGUGUUUAGUUGCAAGUAUUGGCAUUGAAAUGGAUUUUUUUUGAAAAAAGAAAAAGAAAUUACUUUUUUACCAGUAAAUCGCUUAUUAUCCCUUUGGAGGUUACUUCUGGGCUUUUUGUGAUAUUGCUUUCCUGCCCAGGCAUGUUUUUCUAUGUUUUUUCAUUAUCUGUAUAAGACAUUUGUUAUGCACUACUUUUUGUAUCUGGACGGUUUUCAACAGUCAGCUGAUUUUUUAAGCGUGCUUUCUGACUGACAUGAUCUUUUGCAAUACCUCAAUUUUGAAAUAUAGGAAAGAAAUUGAUAUUUUCUAAGUAAGUUUAUUCUAAAAAUAUAUAUUAAUUUAAUUCUGCAAGGAAAUGAUUUAACAGAUGGGUAAUUUUAUUUUUUUCAUGCUUAUUUGCUUUUUUGGAAAUUGAAGGAGCUAGAGCUUUAUAACUUUAAUAUGGAGAAUUGUAGUUAGCUACAGUACAAGACUUUAAAAAAAAAUCUACCUAAAUGUGGAAAAGUGAACAUUUAUAAACAGUUUUCCCCUUCUUCGUAUAGUUUAAUGUAUGAAUUUAAAAGCUGGAAUGUAAAGAAAUAAUUAAACGGCUUGGGAUAGACACAUCUCCAUUGGUGCUGGAAGCUGUUAGUAGGACGUAAAAAUUAAAAUAUUUUUCACUUAAUUUGUGUAUUUAUCAUUAAUCCUUUAAGUACGACUGACCAGAAUUGUGAAAGAAAUCUUCUGUUCAUUAUUUUUGUAUGAAUACCUUUUUAUGUUAAGUUAUAACAACAUGCUCCCUUUUGUUAAAUUAUAACGAGCCCCAAUUUGUUUACUUGUCAAUGAAUAUAAAUGAGGUCCUUCAGAUUGAGAAUGUUGUUUCUAAGAUGUUCAAAUUGUAACUUGACUAAGAGCCCCUGGUGCAUCAGGUCCAUUUGUGGCCUUCUCUUGAUGUUGGAGACUUGAAUUAGUCAAUUUUGAAGGCUAACUUAACCUCGACUCUUUGUUGUAAUGUGCAAUACUGUUUGUACUGUUUGUAAAAAAAACAAAAAAGCAUAAAUCUUUAUCGCAGAUUUAUUUUCAUUGCAAACUUUAGACAUUGUGAUUCACUAAAUCAUUUUUCUACUGUCAAAUGUGUACCUUUUCUUCAUGCUAGUAUUUUUUCAAUAGUAACGUAGCCUUUGUACUGAUACAAAUAUUCAUUGUUAUUUUUAGAGAGAUUUUUGCUAAAACCAGAGGAUUUAAACAUAUUUACAUAUUUUUCAUUUUUAUUUAGUUAUUUUUCUUUACAGACGGCUUUUCUCAACCAUAAGUCAUUUCGGGGAGAGACUUUCAUAUCUGGUCAAUGUCAUCAAUAUUAUUUUGUAUUUUUACUUGGAAUAAAUUAAUUUUAUGAUGCUAAUUCUUUAAAGUUUAUUUUCAGUUUUGUUAUUUUUGGAGCUGAAACCUUUGUAAUAUUGUAACUAAAGUGUCUAGUUUUGAAAUGCAAAGCUUCAUGUAUUAACUUGCUGAAGUGGUUUACAGUAGUGUGGUAAUGACAAACGGCUGAAAAUGUAGAGUGAUUGACAAUGUAAUUGGAUGAAUGGGCAAUAAACUAUCAGAAUGGAACAGACAAAAUAAUGUUGUGCUAUUGUGAGGGGAGGGGGAAAUCCAAGUUGUACAUGGGGAGUCUACCUGUCUUGCUGAGCGAUAAGCCAUGGAAUUUCAGAUGGGGAAAUGCAUUUUUUGUUGUUGAGGCUGGCUUGUAUGUAGCAACCGGUUUUUGUACUACUUUGUACACUAACUUGUUCCUUCUUUCUAUUUACUAACCAAACUUUCCUCUCAGUCUCAGUUAGCUGCUACAGUGUUGAAAAAUGCCACCAAGUAUUUAUAAAUGCAAGCAAUUACUAUAUACCCCAAAUGGGUAGCUAGCCGGAAAUUAUAGGUAAAUGUGGUAAUUCUGCAAAUUUGUUUUGCACAAAAUUCAUAGUAAAUGCACCAAUUUUAGUAUUCAGUUAGUUUACUUAACAUUAAGGUGCUAAUACUAAAUAAACACAAUAUAGCCAAACUUUUCUGGACGUAGUUGUAUUGGGGUAUACAGUACAGGUAUUUGUAACUUUGCUGUUAAAUAAUGGAAAACAUCAUUUUUAGAGUGUUCAAAGCUAGGAUGUCUGUGUUUGUUUCCAAACAAACUACUAAUUUUAAAUGUAUCUUUUACUGUUCUCCUAGAUUGUUUAGCUAGUACUCUUACACAGCAUAUACAUUUUGGCUUGGACUGAUGCUUGUACGGAACUGCAGUACUGUGACUAAACAUGGAGCUCAAUGCUGCUAUUGCUUACCAAUGCUUAAGUUUGUAGUUUGGACUUUAUUUUUUUCUGUACUAACAAGUAAACCUUAUUAAACUUAGUUGUAUGAAUCAGUAACACUUGUCAUGAUUUUGCAUGAUCAUUGGCGACUGUUGGCAUGAUUUGCAACAUUUAUUAAAACCACAGAAACCGA